CUUCUCCGACAACAUGGCGGCGCUCUUGUGGUUGGCCUUUUGCGGGGCGCUGCUGCUCUUGCUGCUAUGGUGGCGAGCGCGGCCGGCCGGUUCCGAGGCCCGCGCGGCAGUGGUGGUGCUGGGCGAUCUGGGCCGCAGUCCCCGCAUGCAGUAUCACGCCUUGUCGCUGGCCCGCCGGGGCUUCCAGGUCGCCUUCGUGGGCUACCCAGGUACAAAGCCACACAACAAUAUAUUAUGUAAUGAAAAUAUACAGAUAGUGCACAUUCCAGAGUAUAAAGCGAGGCAAGUUGGCCCAAAGGUUUUCCAAUAUAUCACAAAAGUGAUUGUUCAAACUAUCCAACUGUUUUAUGUCAUGCUGAAAAUAACGAAUCCAGGCUACAUUCUUCUUCAGAAUCCUCCAGGUCUGCCCAGCAUAGCUGUUACCUGGGCUGUUUGCUUUCUGCGUGGAAGUAAGCUAAUAAUCGAUUGGCACAACUACGGGUAUACCAUAAUGAGCCUGACGCAUGGAGAAAGACACCUGUUAGUCCGGAUUGCUAAAUGGUAUGAACAACUCUUUGGCCGUUUGUCGGACUAUAACAUUUGUGUGACCAAUGCACUGAAAGAGGAUCUGGAGGUGAAUUGUAACAUCAGAGCGAUAACCCUCUACGACAAACCGCCGUCUUUCUUCAAGGAGACACCACUGAGCGACCAGCAUAGGCUUUUCAUGAAGCUCAGCAAAGACUAUAACCCAUUUAAAGCCCAAUCUUUAACAGAGCCCGUCCUUCCAAGUGACGACAACGAGAAAUCAGCCUUCUUGCAACGAGACAUCCGAAGUGGACAGGUGACCCACCAGAAAGACCGGCCGGCUCUCCUGGUCAGCAGCACCAGUUGGACAGAGGAUGAAGAUUUUUCUAUCUUGCUGAAAGCUUUAGAAGAAUAUGAGCAUUACAUCAACGAUGGGAUGAGGCUUCCUCCGCUGGUGUGCGUGAUAACAGGGAAAGGGCCUUUGAAAGAGUAUUAUAGCAAGCUGAUUGCGACCAUGCAUUUCAAGCAUAUCCAGAUUUGUACACCCUGGCUGGAAGCGGAGGACUACCCCCUCCUGUUGGGUUCAGCAGACUUGGGCGUUUGCCUCCACAAAUCAUCCAGUGGCUUAGAUCUCCCCAUGAAGGUUGUGGACAUGUUCGGUUGCUGCUUGCCUGUGUGUGCAGUGCAGUUCCAGUGCUUGCACGAGCUCGUGAAGCAUGAAGUGAAUGGCUUGAUAUUCAAAGAUUCGAGUGAACUUGCAGGACAGCUGAAGACGCUUUUCUGGGAAUUCCCUACUACAGAAGGCAAGCUUAAUUUAUUCAGAAGAAACCUUCGGACAGCCAAACAGUUGCGGUGGGACGAAAGUUGGGAACGGACAGUUUUUCCUUUGUUCAGCAACAGUAGCUAAUGUUAACAGUGAAUGUAUUACUGAUGUAUCUCCCAAUACUGUUACUUAUCCUGGAGUUUUUAUUUUUACACAUCAUUUUACAAGAAUAAAAAAGCCAAACCUCUCCCCA